AUACGGCUGGAGCCACACCCAGACUGAAAUAAAACUGAGACCUCCUGCACACGGUUUCAGUUCAAUACUAACUUGGAUUCUGUUGUGGCAGAUUUCACGAAGCUCUCAUCUGAAGUCCGUGAGGAUGACUUCCCUGGAGAGAGGGCAUCUCCUGCCCCUCGCUGCCUUCCUCUUACUGUCCAUCGUUCCCAUGGUAACUGAAGUGGUGAACUCAAUGUCAGACUGUAACAAGUUUCUUCUUGGAAGAACGCCGCCACAGGUCCCGGGCAUCUUGGAGGGAGGGAGGAUCCUGAACCAGAACCGAUACAAAAUCAUUUGCCAGACUUACGAGAACCAGAGACGGUUUGUGACGCUCUACGACACCGAGAACAGGAUCCCGGUGUUUUCUGCUUACAAGUACAGAGGAAGACAAAAUAUUGAAAACAAACCUAGACCUCCUUGGAAGAUGGAGCCACAGCUUGAAGGAGACACCACCAACAUGUGGGAUGGCAAAUACCGCAACCAGGCCACUGAUGAUGAUUAUAAAAACAAAGACAAAAGGUAUAACAGGGGCCAUUUAUUUCCAAAUUCUUAUGCAUUUGAUGUGAAUGAACAGACCUCAACGUUCACCCUGACGAACGCCGUUCCACAAGCAGUGUCUUUUAACGGCGGCAGCUGGGAAAAAAUGGAGACGUGCACCAAAUGCAUCAUGGAAAAGUACUGCAUCAACAGUAAUAAUAAGAAAGAAGCCUUCUUAGUGACCGGGGCACAGCCCAGCGAGAACAACAAACUUAACAACAGGGUUAAUAUUCCUUCCAUGCUCUGGUCAGCAUUCUGCUGUUUCAGUAAGAACAAGAAGAAGUGGCUGGCGAGCGCACACUGGGGCGACAAUGUUGAGGAAACUAAAGGUAAGUAUCUGCAGACAAAGACUUUGGCUGAACUCCAGGAAGAACUGAGCAGAGUGAACCCAGGAUUUAAGAUGUUUCCCGAGACCCGGUGUCCUCUCGACACCACUGUUGCUGAGUUUUACCCAGAAUUUGGUAAAGAAUGCCAAUGCCCACCCCAAGCGUCAACCACAGUCCCUACUACUACUACUACUUCUACAAGAGCUACCACUACAACUACCAAAGUCCCUACUACUACUUCUACAAGAGCUACCACUACAACUACUACUACUACUUCUACUACUACAAGAGCUACCACUACAACUACCAAAGUCCCUACUACUACUACUACAAGACCUGCCACUACAACUACCAAAGUCCCUACUACUACUUCUACUACUACUACAAGACCUGCCACUACAACAACCAAAGUCCCUACUACUACUACUUCUACUACUACAAGAGCUACCACUACAACAACCAAAGUCCCUACUACUACUACUACUACUACAAGACCUGCCACUACAACAACCAAAGUCCCUACUACUACUACUACUACUACAAGACCUGCCAGUACAACAACCAAAGUCCCUACUACUACUACUACUACUACUACAAGACCUGCCACUACAACAAUUAAAGUCCCUACUACUACUUCUACUACUACUACAAGAGCUACCACUACAACUACCAAAGUCCCUACUACUACUUCUACUACUACAAGAGCUACCACUACAACAACCAAAGUCCAUACUACUACAAGAGCUACCACUACAACUACCAAAGUCCCUACUACUACAAGAGCUACCACUACAACAACUAAAGUCCCUACUACUACUUCUACUACUACAAGAGCUACCACUACAACAACUAAAGUUCCUACUACUACUACUACUUAUACUACUACAAGACCUGCCACUACAACAAUUAAAGUCCCUACUACUACUUCUACUACUACAAGACCUGCCACUACAACAACCAAAGUCCCUACUACUACUACUACUACUACAAGACCUGCCACUACAACAAUUAAAGUCCCUACUACUACUUCUACUACUACUACAAGAGCUACCACUACAACUACCAAAGUCCCUACUACUACUUCUACAAGACCUGCCACUACAACAAUUAAAGUCCCUACUACUACUUCUACUACUUCUACAAGAGCUACCACUACAACUACCAAAGUCCCUACUACUACUUCUACUACUACUACAAGACCUGCCACUACAACUACCAAAGUCCCUACUACUACUACUACAAGACCUGCCACUACAACAAUUAAAGUCCCUACUACUACUUCUACUACUACUACAAGACCUGCCACUACAACAACCAAAGUCCCUACUACUUCUACUACUACAAAGCUACUACUACAACAACCAAAGUCCCUACUACUUCUACUACUACUACAAGACCUGCCACUACAACAACCAAAGUCCCUACUACUUCUACUACUACAAAAACCAAAGUCCCUACUACUACUUCUACUACUACAAGAGCUACCACUACAACAAUUAAAGUCCCUAUUACUACUUCUACUACUACUACUACAAGACCUGCCACUACAACAAUUAAAGUCCCUACUACUACUUCUACUACUACAAGACCUGCCACUACAACAAUUAAAGUCCCUAUUACUACUUCUACUACUGCUACAAGAGCUACCACUACAAAAACUACAAAGAAAAAAAAAUUUAAGAACAUGUUGAAGAACCAGAAAUAGAAGGAGGUGGAGGUGGUGGUGGUGGUGUUAUCGGUGGAAUAGUUGGUGGUGCUUUCCA